UAACCACGAAACGCGUCGAAAUUCGGUCAAUAUCUCGAUUUUCUGCGAGGAUGCGUUUAAAUUUCCCGCUGUCGUUGGUCCGACCGAUGUAUCGAGUCGGAGUCGAGGCGGGAGCGGAACGUAGCGGGUGCCAGCGAAGGCGGUGACUUGUUUGUUGUGCGUGCGAGUCGACGCGGCGAGUGGGGCUGGUGCGGUGCCACAACUCUUAUCCUCCAAGUUCCACCUCAUGUGACGCUAUGCCGAAGCAUAGUACACGUGAAGGAUGGAUGGGUCGGACGGACGUGAAUGGGCACCUGAUCAGCGAGUGGUGCAGUUGGAAAGAAAAAGACAUAUUUUUCUGCAAGAUCUGCCCAUCACCCAUAAGCACAUCUGCCAAAGGAUUCCAAGCACUAUCCCAGCACGCCUCAUCUGAAAAACAUAAAGGAAAUGCCAAAACUAAAUUAAGUCCCUUGCAACUUACAUUGGCUGGAGCUCCACCAAAGGUACAACAACAGGCUGCAAUUCCAAUUCCCAAUCAUCAUCGAGAUGAUGCGGUGGUAACUCCUGCAGCAGCGCCUCCUGGUGAAGCUGCUGGAUUGGGGGUCGUGCCGCCGCCAGGAACCGUUCAACGCGAAGACAGCGGUCCACUUCUGCAGCUUGUCUCGAGGAAAGAUGCAGCUUUAACUGCAGAACUUCAAUGGGCAAUGAAGUGUGUCCAGGCUGCUUAUUCAAAUAAUUCCUGUGAUAAUAUAGUCGAAUUGUUUAAAAGUAUGUUCGGUUGUGAUAAAGUACCCAAAGACAUGUCAUUAGGUAGGACUAAGGUAUCUUAUUUAAUUACUGAUGCACUAGGGCCAUAUUUUCACAAAAAAAUGCUUGAUGAUGCUCAGAAAGCCCCUAGCUUUACAAUGUGCUUUGAUGAAACUGUCAACAACAAAAAAGUGAAAGAACUUCAGUGUGGACUUAGGUUUUGGUCUGAAGAAGUAAAGCAUAUUGUUUUUCAUCACUUAGAGUCUCUUUUCAUAGGAUCUGCUACAGGAGUAAUUGUGUCUGAUCACUUAUUACAGGUAUUGGAAAGAGCCUGCCUUUGUCUACAAAAAUUUCUGAUGUUGUCAAUGGAUGGACCUAAUGUGAACAAGACAGUGUUUAGACUAGUUAGUGAAAAAGUUAAGGAAGUAAGGGGAAAGGGUCUAAUGGAUGCUGGAUCUUGUAAUGUGCACAUUCUUCAUAAUUCAUUCUUGUCUGGGCUUGAGGUGUUUGGGGAGGAGGUUAGUCAUCUAGUCAUUGCCAUUUAUGAAUAUUUUGAUGGAUUUCCUAGCAGAGUGGAAGAGUACAAAAAAUCCCAGUUAGAAACUAAGGUUCCCGAUCAUGUCUUUAUAAAACAUGUGACCAGUAGGUGGCUUACUCUUUCUGGGGCUGCCGAGAGGCUCUUGGAGCAAUGGCCAGCUGUGGUUCACUUUUUCUUGACUGUCAUCCCUAAGAGUAACUCUGAUAGUCACAAAAAAAUUAGAGAGACCCAAAGGUACAAAUUCAUUGCUGGUUGUCUCAAAGAUCCUACUAUGCAGGCUAGUGUAGCAUUUGUUAUUCAAUCAGCUAAGCUUUUUGAAGGGUAUUCAAAACUGUUCCAAAAAAGUGAACCAAUGAUUCACAUUCUGUAUGAUGAGCUACUUUCUCUAUUUGUUUUGCUUCUGGGGCGUUUUUGUAAACCCUCUCUUGUUUCAACUAGCAGAAGCUGUCUUAAAGAAGAGUUUAUUAAGAACAAAGACAAUUUAGUUGCUUUGAGUGAUGUGGAAUGUGGGGAUAGGGCAAAGUCACUUUUGACUCAGUGUAAGGAUGUAGAUGUUCUGAAGUUUAGACUUAAUAGUCAAAAACAUUACCAAGCAGCGGCAACCCAUCUGCUUCAGAAGUCUGUCCUCAGUAAAUGGCCUGAUGGAAAACACCUCAAGUGCCUCCAACCUAGUCAAAUCAAGGAGCAGUCCAGCCCGCGCAGCAUUGUCUUGGUGCACAGAAUGUUGCGACUUGACUUGGGUGUGGAUGAAGAUGUGCUAAAGGAUGAGUGGAGGCUUCUGCAGCUUGAAAAUCUUCCUGUUUUUGAGCCCACGACAAGAAUCGACCACUACUGGGCGAAGAUUUUUGACAUUGUGGGGUCGGAUGGGAAGCCGAAAUUUCCCAACACUGUUAAGCUUGUAAAGGCUACUUUGCCGAUUGCCCAUGGAAGCGCCGAUAUUGAGAGGGGUUUCAACGAGUCCUCACAACAGUUGCGACCGGAACAGACCCGGAUGGAGGAGCGCCUGUUCAAUGCUAAGCUGUGGGUGAAAGAUGGGCUGAAACCGUAUGGUGGCAGGCCGGACCUCGUGCCAAUAACGAAGGAACUCCUGGCUGCGGGAUACCGUGCACACCGAAGCUACACCGAUCACCUUCAAGCCAAGCGCGAUGAAGAAGAGGCCGCAAGGAAAGUGGCUGAAGAGGCAGAGGCGGAGCGACUUCGGAGAGAGAAGGAGGAGAAGCAACAAAGAGAAGAUCGUUCAACAAUAGAAAGCCUCCAAGAAAAGCUACAAAAAUCCCUAAGCGCCGAGAAAGACCAGCGGAAAGCUGCUGACGAACUGGUUGAAGAGGCCACUAGCAAGCUGGACACAGCUCUGAAGAAAAAAGAUUUCGCGGCUGCAAAAGUGGCUCAUGGUAUGCUAGAAGGAGCUAAAAUAAUGCGUGAGAAGGCUAUCGGGCUUCAGAGACAAAACGAGCCGCUUCAAAAAAAAGUGACGAAGCGGACCUCCAGUUUGAUUGAGAAGAUGUUCCAAGCUAAAAGGAAGAAGGACCCUCCUGCCGCUGGAGGGAGGGAGAGGGAGGUUGCAGAUCCCGACGAUCCGGAUCUCUAUCUGUGAAAAUCUUGUGAUUGUUUGAUUUAUGUUGUAACAGUAUUUUAUUUCAAUUCUAUAAUACCAAUAUGACUUCUGUUUUUUUAAAUAAAUACAUUUGACCUUGA